GGGUUAUUGGUUAUAGGAGUCCUGGGACAUUUAAGAAAAUAAUUUAAAAGAGGUCUUUUAAUUAAAGUAUUAUAAGAAAGAGGAUUUUGCAUGCAUAAUUAUUUUUUUAGUUCUUCUGUCAUAUUAAUAUUAUAAUAUUAUGUUGCUUCCAGCAAAUAGAGAUUAUCAGCUUAGAUAACACAUACAUGCGGUACUUUAUCAAGUAAUAAAGAGAAGGUAGCUUUGUUCUUUAGGAAUAACAGGAUUCUGUCUGGCAGUGUUUGUUUAGAAGAAAAAAAAAAUGUGAUGCUUCAUAGCAAUAAGCUACUUAAUUUAUGUAGUCUAUUUCUAAUUCCACCUGAGUAAAGUUUUGUAUUUUGCAGAACUUGAUUAUUUAUUUUAAUGAAAGAAGUACCUUGAUAAACUAGAACAAAAAACGUGUAGAUAUAAAUUAAUAAUAAACAGUACGGCUAAAGCUUGAAGUUAGCCAUUAUAAUUAUAAUGAAAAUAAUUAAUAAUAAUUCAAAUGUACUGAAUAAUAUCUUGGGGUUUCGAUGAGAAGUACGUUGUUGACCUGACGAGCAUGAGAAAAACAAGAGUUGCUGAUUGCACCUUUUCCAAGUCAUGCUGAUAUGUGGUUCUUCCUUCUUCACACCUUCAUUUCCAUCCUUCAGCUUUGACUCGGUCAAUAACCAAAUUAAAAUCAUCUCUCUAUUUUCUCUCCACCUAUUUAUUACUUUCUUUCUCCAUUCUCAUUUUUUCUUCCUUUUCCCAUACGCGUCAAUUCAAUCACCUUUUUAGUACCAUUUUCCUGAAAUUUUCUUUUGUAACCAUUGAAUAAUGUUAUCAAGUAGUUUCUCUAUGAAUUACAAUCUCUGUUUGGCUCUAUUUGUAUGGAAGAGAGGGUUGGGAGGGAAGUGAGAAGAAGUGUGAGAAUGGAUGAGAAACAUAGUCACAUCCACACCACUCCCUAUGCCUUCGCACUUACCCUCUCUUUUUUACUCCUCAUCGCUUUGCCAUACUCCCACUCUCAACCACCGCCACCGCCUUGUGCUGAGCAGUCAUACAUGUGCAGCAUAAACGUUUCCGACAUCUUGGAUCCUGUCUGGAAACAGAUUCCUCCCUCUCUGUGUAUCGGCACCGACCCAUUACCCCAGCUCAGCUGCUCUGAUCCUUAUGAAUCUCAAAAUUUCACACUGAAGAAGGUGAACUACAUCACUGACACAAUGACGGUGGUGCCAACACACACUGUCAAUGUUUGUUCUUCUGAUUUUUUUCACAUUUACGACAACUUGAAGAACAGUCUGUUACAACAUUACAAGUCACUGUUCAACGUCACCGUAUUCUUCGAUGGUUGUCCUCUCGACAUCCCAAAUUUCCCUUCAGAACGCAGAUUUAAAUGCGGGGAUGCUGUGUACUAUUUUAGGGAGGAGGGUGAGCAGUUCUACAUACACCCAUCGCUUGAGUAUUGCAAGAAAAGUUUGUUGGUGCCCAUUGCCGCUUCUCUCGAUGAUUAUGAUAAUAAAGAUGGUGGAGCUGAAGUUCUGAAAGAAGCUCUGAGGGAUGGGUUUCAGGUCUCCUAUAGUCUUCCUCAAGAUUGCAGCAGAUGCAACCAGAGUAUCAGAAAUUGCUGGAGCGGUGGUUAUGAAGGACAUGUAGUUUCAUGCAACUACUAUUGCCCAAAUCAAUACUGUUCUUCCAAGAGUAGUGUGCAGCUUACACUUAUUGGUAAUUCCCAUUUUGCCACAUAAGGAUGUCAUGCCAUAACCCUUAGCGCGUACUUUCUUCUUGACGCAUUUGGUGAAAUUGUAUGACCAGUGAAUUGGAGAAUGAAAAUCAUUAUAGGUCUUGCAGGUGCAGCAAUGGCAGUAUUAAUGCUAUGCCUCAUAAUAGGCUGUAGAAAAUGUAUGUCAUAAACAAGAAAGUUAAAUUUUCAGAUGACUAAUGAGCAAGAUAUUGAAGUAUUCUUAGAAGAUCAGGGAACUCUAGCACAAAAGAAAUACAGAUUUUCAGAAGUCAAGAAAAUGACCAAUAACUUCACAGAUAAAUUGGGUGAAGGUGGGUUUGGUGUUGUAUACAAAGGAAAGAUACACAAUGGUUACCAUGUGGCUGUAAAAAUAUUAAGGGCAUCAAAAGGAAAUGUCAAAGACUUUAUCAAUGAGGUUGCCAGCAUCAGUAGAACUUCUCAUGUUAAUGUUGUCCAACUUCUUGGGUUCUGUUUGGAAGGAAAAAAGAAAGCCCUUAUUUAUGAAUUCAUGCCUAAUGGUUCCCUCGACAAGUUCAUCAGUAAUAAGGGACUAGAAAGAACUUCAUCUUUGACUUGGGAUAAUCUGCUGCAAAUUGCAAAAGGUAUAGCCAAAGGAUUAGAGUACUUGCACAAGGGAUGCAACACUCGUAUUUUACAUUUUGACAUAAAACCACAUAACAUUCUUUUGGAUGACAACUUCUGUCCCAAGAUAUCAGACUUUGGGCUUGCAAAACUUUGUCCUGGGAAAGAGAGCACAAUUUCAGUUUCAUAUGCGAGAGGAACAAUAGGAUAUGUAGCUCCAGAAGUGUGCAACAAACAUUUUGGUGGAGUAUCACAAAAAUCUGAUGUGUAUAGCUUUGGAAUGCUGCUACUAGAAAUAGUGGGAGUGAGGAAUAAUAUUAAUGUUGAAGCCACCGAAACAAGUGAAUACUUCCCAGAUUGGAUAUACCGAAAGCUGGAGCAAGACCAAGAUUUGAAAAGUGAUAAUGUGACAGCCACAGAAGAAAAAGAGACGGAAAGGAGAAUGAUUGCAGUAAGUUUGUGGUGCAUUCAAACAUUUCCAAAGGAUAGACCUACUAUGAGUCGAGUAAUAGAAAUGUUAGAAGGCAACAUGAAUUCCCAAGAAAUACCCCCAAAACCUGUUCUUUCUUCUCCCACAAUUGGAUUGGUGCCAGAAUUGACCACUAGUUCCUUGCAGUCUGAGUAGAUCUUAAAAGUUGUUUUUUUAAAGAUCACUCAACACAGUAAUGUUUCAGUUGUAACUUCUCAAAUCAAGGUUUUAUAUUGAUUUUUAUAAUAUAGAUUAAUCAGUUGGAAUAUUAAUUAUUUUCAUCCACCUUGAUCUGGGUGGUA